AGGCGCAGGCGCCACAGCGCUACCAGCGCCCCAGCGGAAGCCACGCCCCUCUCCCAGUUCUUAAAGGGCCAGAAGCAGCUCUUACUGCUUGGGGCCCAUCCGCACUUUUGGGGGGCGGGGGCGCGCAGGCGCAGUGGGAGAGGUCUGGGGUGGGGGUAGCGGUCGCGUAUCAAGUUGCUUUCUGUCCCGACAGAGAAAACCAGGACGCUGAGUGUCCAGUCCUCCCCCACCCCACAUCCCUUGGACGAGAAAAGUUUGUGAACUGGGGCCCUCAAGUUUGGGGGAAACUGGGCUUGCGGCGCGGGGGGAAGAGGAGGCUCGUGGGGAGCUUCCCCGAUGGAGCCCACCCAGCCUGCAGAGGACUUUAUCUUGACCCAGCAGCCCCCUGCCUCAGAACUUGGGGUCCUUGACGACCCUGGAGAGGAAGCCCCAGAUGGCUCAGACACUGUGGUCCUCAGUCUCUUCCCCUGCACCCCAGAGCCUGGGAAUCCUGAACCAGAUGCCAGUGUCUCCUCACCACAGGGCAGCUCCUUGAAGCACUCCACAACCCUCACCAACCGGCAGCGGGGGAACGAGGUGUCGGCCCUGCCGGCCACCCUGGACUCCCUGUCCAUCCACCAGCUCGCAGCCCAGGGGGAGCUGAGCCAGCUGAAGGAACACCUGAGGAGAGGUGACAACCUCAUCAACAAGCCGGACGAGCGUGGCUUCACCCCCCUCAUCUGGGCCUCAGCCUUCGGAGAGAUUGAGACCGUCCGCUUCCUGCUUGAGUGGGGUGCCGACCCCCAUAUCCUGGCCAAGGAGCGGGAGAGCGCCCUGUCGCUGGCCAGCACAGGCGGCUACACAGACAUUGUAGGCCUGCUGCUUGAGCAUGAUGUGGACAUCAACAUUUAUGAUUGGAAUGGAGGGACUCCGCUGCUGUAUGCUGUGCGUGGGAACCACGUCAAGUGUGUGGAGGCCUUGCUGGCCCGAGGUGCCGACCUCACCACAGAGGCUGACUCUGGCUACACCCCGAUGGACCUUGCCGUGGCCCUGGGAUACCGGAAAGUGCAACAGGUGAUCGAGAACCACAUCCUCAAACUCUUCCAAAGCAACCUGGUGCCCACCGACCCCGAGUAAAGGCCAGCUGCUUAGGACUCAGACACUCAGGGAACAAGAUGUGAUCCAGAAAAACCCCGUUCUGGGAAAACCGGAACCGGCUUCAAAGGCAGCUCCUGGACAGGCGGCGGGAGGGGAUCCUUCCCAAGAAAAACCAAUAAAUCUUCUGUGCAGA